AUGAUCAAAGAUUCAUUGCAGAGAAGGACAAUCAGGUCGGGACCCGACGAGUGUAUCGAGAAAGAUAGGUGGGACGAGCCCGCAAAGACGCCGGAUGAGAAUGUUGACCAGGAGAAAGUGUCCAAGAGAGCGAAGUUAAGAAAGACAAACCCGCUGGCUGCUAUUCGAAUUGUGUUCUGGAGAGAUACCGCGCUAGUGCUGUGGAUGGCUGCAUCUCCGUACGCCGUGUGGUACUGCGUCCAGACCUCCAUUCCAACGAUAUAUAGACACACAUAUGACUUUAACGAAUUCCAAAUCGGCCUCGCCUACCUGCCAGGGGGCUUCGGUACAGUCAUCGGUGGCUAUGCGAACGGACGCCUGAUGGACUGGAAUUACAAGGAAACCGCCAGGAGCAUUGGGCGCACGAUUGACCAGGUAGCAGGGGACAAUCUCGACGACUUUCCAAUUGAGAUGGCGAGAGCACGAGGAUCGUGGUGGCUUCUAGCAGUCUAUAUCUUCGCUUUAGCCGGCUAUGGCUGGUCAGUCGUAGCACAGGCACACGAAAGCGUGCCGUUGAUCCUUCAGUUUGUGCUCGCCGCUCUCUGCACGUGCUUCCAACAAACCUUCAACGCCUUACUGGUGGACAUAUUUCCAGCCAGCCCAAGCACAGCUGCUACAUCAAGUAACAUCACACGUUGUUCCCUCUCAGCGGUGGCUGUUGCAAUCCUUCAACCUCUUGUAGACGCCAUGGGUCGCGGUUGGUUUUUUGCUAUGUUGGCAGGUGUGAGUGGUGGAGGUGGACUAGUUACGAACUGGGUGAUUGUCACGCAUGGCAUGAAAUGGCGGCAACGAAGGAUGGAGAGGUGCAAAGAGCCAGCAGAUAAUGAAAGUUGA